AUGGCGUCGAGGUUACACGUCUCGACGCUAUGGAUCACGGCGUCGAGGUCCCUGGCUGCGCCAGCGUGGCUUCUGACGUGGCAGAGACCUCGACGCCGUAGAUCAUGGCGUCGAGCUCGACGCCAUAGAUCACGGCGUCGAGCUCUCUCCAACCUGGACCAGAACAUUGCCGUCAUCGUGCAGACCGUGUACUGCUUCAGGGCGGCUGACGACGGCGGCGCCGGCAGAAGCAGCGCCUGCGACGUGCUGAGGGAGUCGCUGGCGAAGGUGCUCGUCCACUACUACCCGCUCGCUGGGCGGCUGGCGAUCUCAGACGAUGGGAAGCUGGUCGUGGACUGCACGGGCGACGGCGCCGUGUUCGUGGAGGCCGAGGCGGACUGCGCCAUGGCGGACAUCGGUGACGUCACCGACCCCGACCCCUCCGUCCUCGGCAGGCUCGUGUACAGCGUCCCCGGCGCCAAGAACAUACUCGAGAUGCCGCUGCUUGCAGCCCAGGUGACCAAGUUCAAGUGUGGCGGCUUCGUGCUGGGGCUGGCCAUCAACCACUGCAUGUUCGACGGCGUCGGCGCCAUGCAGUUCGUCAACUCGUGGGGCGAGACGGCGCGCGGCCUCCCGCUGUCGCUCCCGCCGGCCCUCGACCGCGCCGUCCUCCGUGCGCGCGACCCGCCGCAGGUCGACUUCCCGCACCACGAGUUCACGCAGAUCACCGACGACGACGCCGACGACGGGGAGGACGAGGAGGACUCGGAGUCCCCGCUCCUGCACCGCUCGUUCCGGUUCACGCCGGCGUCCAUCGCGCGCCUCAAGGCGGCGGUGGGGGUGCUGGAGGAGGGCCGCCGCGCGUGCACCACGUUCGAGGCGCUGGCCGGGUUCGUGUGGAGCGCGCGCACGCGGGCGCUGGGGAUGCGCCCGUCGCGCCGGAGCAAGCUGCUGUUCGCGGUGGACGGGCGGCCGAGGUUCUCGCCGCCGCUCCCCGCGGGGUACUUCGGCAACGCCAUCGUGCUGACCAGCGCGGCGUGCCCCGCGGGGGAGCUGGCGUCGUCGCUGCCGCGCGCCGUGCGGCUGGUUCGCGGCGCCGCGGCGGCCGUGACGGACGUCUACAUGCGGUCCGCGGUGGACUACUUCGAGGCGACGCGCGCGGGGCCGUCGCUGGCGUCGACACUGCUCAUCACGGCAUGUAGAACUGGAUGA